GCGCAAGCUUCCUGGGAGUUCGACUUAGGCCGACCUUUUGAAUUGGAUGCUUGACCGCAGUUGAUUGGAUUCACUCCUUUGUACGUCCUGACCGGAUCACAUCUCUACUGCAAUGGCUCCAGCAACGAUCACUGUGGUUGUUGAACCACGGGGGAAACCCAUUAAGAAACUCCCUAGGGAGAUUCAAAUUGCUCCCAAUGCAUCAACACAGGAGCUUUACAGCUCUGUUGCGGAAGCUUCGGCUUUUUCCAUCCACCGUCUGAGAAUCACGAAAGGAAGCGACCGGAGCCUAGUUCCGAACUCCAAGGAGACCACCAUUGAUGGGACUGGUCUCAAGGAGAAGAGUGUAGUUCACGUCAAGGACCUGGGCCCCCAGAUCAGUUGGCGCACCGUGUUUAUCGUUGAAUACCUUGGCCCUCUCCUGAUUCCUGCUCUCUUCCUCUUCCCUCUUCGACCUCUCCUGUACUAUAACUUUGACGCCAUCCCCGAACCGAGCGAUCUCCAGCUCAUCGUCUGCGCCCUGCUGACAAUCCACUUCUUGAAGCGCGAAUAUGAAACGGUCUUCGUCCACCGUUUCAGUAAUGCCACAAUGCCGGCGCGCAAUAUCGUCAAAAACAGCGGUCACUACUGGGUGCUUGCUGGCUUUAAUAUCGCUUACUGGGUUUUCCGGCCUGAUGCGGCUGCAGCCACUGGGCAGCCACACCCCGCCCUGCUCUACACCGGGCUCGCUCUCUUUAUUUUUGGAGAGCUGGCUAACUUCAACACUCACUUGGUCCUGCGCGGUCUUCGUCGCCCCGGAACCACCGAGCGCGGAAUUCCCUCCGGGUUUGGAUUCAGCGCUGUCACUUGCCCCAACUACUUUUUCGAGAUUGUCUCUUGGGUUGGUGUCUACCUUGUGAGCGGCUUAAGCUGGAGCGUUCUAUUCUUCAUCGUUGUUGGCGCCGCUCAAAUGGCUAGCUGGGCAAAGAAGAAAGAGCGUCGCUACCGCAAGGAGUUCGGUGACAAGUACAAGCGAAAGAGGUUUGUCAUGCUUCCUGGUUUGGUUUAGAGGUCCGGUUGCAUUGGAUGGAACCCUUGGGCCAAAGGCUAGCCAGAGAUAAUCACCAACGGGUGAUCAAUGUGUAGACUUGUACCGCCACGUCUCUUGGGAGUUCAAACACGCUCCCUUUAUCCGUAGUUGGAAGAAGGCGCUAAACUACUGUACCAGCCCUGAUUGUUUGAAUGAGUGUAUUGCUGGGAUCUAAUGUGGAAGUGAAUGUUACAGAAAUAGUUAAUCAUUCUGCAUUAAUAACUACCUAGGAAUUGGUCCGGUCCGUCCCUAGGAGAGCACUCUAUGGGGGAAAAAAAAAAAAAAAAAAGGAAACUUCCCUGAACUCCUUACGCCGAUCGGGCUAAAAAAAGGGGUGGGGGAAAGAGAGAGAGAAAGAGAAAAAUACAUGAACAUUACCUUCUAUAUCGUCGCUUCCACAAACCCAGA